CUCUCCCACUCGCAUUCCACCGGCCGCUAAACACGUGUCGAGCACCGCGCUGUGGUGAAACGCAACCCCCUCCCUCUGCUCUCUCUAUCUCUGCUCUCUCUCUGCUCUCUCUCCGUGCGUCAAUCCCUCAAGUCGAGAGGGGACGGUGCCUUGCGAGUUGCCGAUCCACGUCUCGCUCGGGUCUGAGUCUCAAGACCCAGUUGUCGGGAGAGUCCUGCCCCCGUGCCAAUGUGUGCCCGGAUACCUCAUCCUCGUCAUCCUCCUCGUCAUCCUCCUCGUCAUCUUCCUCAUCCGCGAGGCGAGAUUUAAGGGACGCUGGAGUGCCUCCGAGAACGCCGAGCGGCACGGACUUGAGGGUCGUCGGUGCUGUGGUGAGCCGGGCUCGGGGGGUUUGAGACGGCAGUGGCCGAGUUGGUGUCGCGGCUCCGUGCGUCCCAGCUGGCUCGGGGUGGGACUGCUGCUGCUGCUGCUGCUGUUGCUGCUCGAGUCGCGGCUUCAGCGCAAGCGUCGGGACCGGUGACAGGGGCUAGGGACCAGGGCUAGAGACAGGGCUGGUGCCAGGGCUAGUGUCUAGAACCAGGGCUAGUGUCUAGUACCAAGUCUAGUGGCUAGUACCAGGGCUAGUGUCUAGUGCCAGGGCUAGUGUCUAGUACCAAGUCUUGUGGCUAGUACCAGGGUUGGUGUCUAGUACCAGGGUUGGUGUCCAUUACCAAGUCUAGUGUCUAGUACCAAGUCUAGUGGCUAGUACCAGGGCUAGUGUCUAGUGCCAGGGCUAGUGUCUAGUACCAAGUCUUGUGGCUAGUACCAGGGUUGGUGUCUAGUACCAGGGUUGGUGUCCAUUACCAAGUCUAGUGUCUAGUACCAAGUCUAGUGUCUAGUACCAGAGCAAGUGUCUAGUACCAAGUCUAGUGUCUAGUACCAAGUCUAGUGGCUAGUGCCAGGGCUAGUGUCUAGAACCAGGGCUAGUGUCUAGUACCAAGUCUAGUGGCUAGUACCAGGGCUAGUGUCUAGUGCCAGGGCUAGUGUCUAGUACCAAGUCUUGUGGCUAGUACCAGGGUUGGUGUCUAGUACCAGGGUUGGUGUCCAUUACCAAGUCUAGUGUCUAGUACCAAGUCUAGUGUCUAGUACCAGAGCAAGUGUCUAGUACCAAGUCUAGUGUCUAGUACCAAGUCUAGUGUCUAGUACCAGAGCAAGUGUCUAGUACCAAGUCUAGUGUCUAGUACCAAGUCUAGUGGCUAGUGCCAGGGCUAGUGUCUAGAACCAGGGCUAGUGUCUAGUACCAAGUCUAGUGGCUAGUACCAGGGCUAGUGUCUAGUGCCAGGGCUAGUGUCUAGUACCAAGUCUAGUGGCUAGUGCCAGGGCUAGUGUCUAGAACCAGGGCUAGUGUCUAGUACCAAGUCUAGUGGCUAGUACCAGGGCUAGUGUCUAGUGCCAGGGCUAGUGUCUAGUACCAAGUCUUGUGGCUAGUACCAGGGCUAGUGUCUAGUACCAGAGCUAGUGUCUAGUACCAAGUCUAGUGUCUAGUACCAAGUCUAGUGGCUAGUGCCAGGGCUAGUGUCUAGUACCAGGGUUGGUGUCCAUUACCAAGUCUAGUGUCUAGUACCAAGUCUAGUGUCUAGUACCAGAGCUAGUGUCUAGUACCAAGUCUAGUGUCUAGUACCAAGUCUAGUGGCUAGUGCCAGGGCUAGUGUCUAGUACCAGGGUUGGUGUCCAUUACCAAGUCUAGUGUCUAGUACCAAGUCUAGUGUCUAGUACCAGAGCUAGUGUCUAGUACCAAGUCUAGUGUCUAGUACCAAGUCUAGUGGCUAGUGCCAGGGCUAGUGUCUAGUGCCAGGGCUAGUGUCUAGUACCAAGUCUAGUGGCUAGUACCAGGGCUAGUGUCUAGUACCAGGGCUAGUGUCUAGUACCAGAGCUAGUGUCUAGUACCAAGUCUAGUGGCUAGUACCAGGGCUAGUGUCUAGUACCAGGGCUAGUGUCUAGUACCAGAGUUAGUGUCUAGUACCAAGUCUAGUGGCUAGUACCAAGUCUAGUGGCUAGUACCAGGGCUAGUGUCUAGUACCAGAGCUAGUGUAUAGUACCAAGUCUAGUGUCUAGUACCAGGGCUAGUGUCUAGUACCAGGGCUAGUGUCUAGUAUCAAGUCUAGUGGCUUGUGCCAAGUCUAGUGGCUAGUGCCAGAGCUGGUGUCUAGUACCAGGGCUAGUGUCUAGUACCAAGUCUAGUGGCUAGUACCAGGGCUAGUGUAUAGUACCAAGUCUAGUGGCUAGUACCAGGGCUAGUGUAUAGUACCAAGUCUAGUGUCUAGUACCAAGUCUAGUGGCUAGUACCAGAGCUAGUGUCUAGUACCAGGGCUAGUGUCUAGUACCAUAGCUGGUGUCUAGUACCAUGGCUAGUGGCUAGUACCAGGGCUCGAUUCAAGGAUAGAACCAGGGCUAGUGUCUAGUACCAGGGCUAGUAUCUAGUACCAGAGCUAGUGUCUAGUACCAUGGCUAGUGUCUAGAACCAGGGCUCGAUUCAAGGCUAGAACCAGGACUAGUGUCUAGUACCAGGGCUAGUGUCUAGAACCAGGGCUAGAUUCAAGGCUAGUACCAGGGCUAGUGUCUAGAACCAGGACUAGUGUCUAGAACCAGGGCUAGAUUCAAGGCUAGUACCAGGGCUAGUGUCUAGAACCAGGGCUAGUGUCUAGAACCAGGGUUAGAUGUAAGGCUAGAACCAGGGCUAGUGUCUAGAACCAGGGCUAGUGUCUAGUACCAGGGCUAGUGUCUAGUACCAAGUCUAGUGUCUAGUACCAGGGUUAGUGUCUAGUACCAGGGCUAGUGUCUAGAACAAGGGCUAGUGUCUCCUACCAGGGCUAGUGGCGAGUACCAGGGCUAGUGUCUAGUACCAAGUCUGGUGUCUAGAACCAGGGCUAGUGUCUAGUACCAGGGCUAGUGUCUAGUACCAGAGCUAGUGUCUAGUACCAGGGCUGGUGUCUAGAACCAGGGCUGGUGCCAGCGAGGUCUCCACAUCGUUCCGUCUGCGACCUUGCGCACUGAGUGAUGAGCUCCGCGGGGAACCGCUCGGCCGAGAGCGGUGGCGACCACCACCACCACCACCGCAGCAACAGCAGCAGCAGCAGCAACAGCAGCCACCACCUCCUGCUGCAGGGCCAGCAGCAGCAGCAGCAGCUGCUGGCCCUGCAGCAGCAGCUACUGCUGCUGGCGCUUCCCUCGGCGAACUCAUCCUCGGCUCACGACUUUCCCGCGACCGCCGCUUCCAUGAACGGCAUCCACGGCCACCACAACCGCAGCCACCUUCAUCAUCAUCAUCAUCAGCAGGAGGGCGACUACGACGAGGCCGACUCGCGAUCCGCGAUGGCCAUCGCCGUGGUGCUGUCGGCGAUGUUCGUGGUGGGAGUCGCGGGCAACGUCUACACGCUGACGCUCGUGCUGAGGCACGCGCUGGCCCCGCCGCGCUGCUGGGGACGACUCCUCCGGCUCCUCGCCGCUCGCGCGCCGCCGCCACCACCACCGCAGCAGCAGCAGCAUCAUUACCACCAUCAGCACCUUCACAACCACCACCACCACCAACAACAACAUCAUCCGCCGCUGUACACGUCGAUGAUUCCAUCGCAGCAGCAGCAGCAGCAGCAACCCCCGCCGACGACGCCGUCUCUGCGCCGACGUUCCGCGUCCUCCACCUCCUCCAUGCACGUGUACGUCCUGAACCUGGCGCUCGCCGACCUCCUGUACGUCGCCACUGCGCCCUUCGUGGCGUGCUCCAACGUGGCGCGCACGUGGCAUUUCGGCGACGCGGGCUGCCGCCUGCUCCUGAGCGCCGACCUCCUCACGACGCACGCGAGCGCCUUCAUCCUCACGGCGAUGAGCGUGGAGCGCUACGCCGCGGUCCACCGGCCCCUGCGCUCCCUGGAGCGCGGCCUCAACGCGCGGCGCCUCGUGGCGCUCGCCGCGUGGCUCGGCGCCCUGGCGCUCGCCCUGCCCGGCACGGUGAUGGUGCGCAUGGAGGAGGUGGCCGUGGCCGUGAGCUCGACCCGCAGCGUCACGAAGCGAGUUUGCGAGCCCACGUGGAGCGAGGAGGCGCACCGCGUCUACAUGAGCGCGCUGUUCGCCGCGGGCAUCCUAGCGCCGGGCGUCAUCAUCGGCUGCGUGUACGCGAAGCUGGCGCGCACCUACUGGCUGUCCCAGACGGCGAUGGGCGGCUUCGGUCGGUGCAAGGUGGGCGGUCGAGGCCGCUCGCCGCACUCGCCCAGACACAAGGUCCUCUACCUGAUCCUGGCCAUCGUGAUCGCCUUCUGGGCUUGCUUCCUGCCCUUCUGGCUCUGGCAGCUGCUGCAGCUCUACCGACCCCACGUGGCACUCGCCUCGGUGCGCACCGCGCGCGCCGUCAACCACGCGGUCACGUGCCUCACGUACGGCAACAGCUGCGUGAACCCCUUCCUCUACACGCUGCUCACCAACAAGUACAAGGAGUACCUGGCCACGGGCGCGCGGCUCCGGCUGCGCCGCGCGGAGACUUCGCCGAGUCUCGGGGGGCGGCGCGCGGAGACUUCGCCGCUGGGUGUCGGGGGGCGAGGAGGAGGAGGGUCGGGCAAGGAGGAGACGGACCUCGCGGUGGACGAGGAUGAGUUCUGA